AUGUCCUCCAACCAUGCAUCUCUCGAUGCUGCCGCAACGGAACGAAAAGCUCGUCUAGCGAAACUUGCAGCGCUCAAGCGGAAGCAGCCAGAGCCCGAGACGGAGGUAGAAACGGCCGAACAGGAGGAUGAGCCUCGAAACGAACUUUCCGACGUUACAAAAAAGUAUCUUUCCGGUCGGAACUAUGACGCGGAAACCCGUGGAGUGAAGCUGGGGUUUGACCAAACACCGAUCGACGGACAAAUAACUCUUGAAUCACAGGCAGAGGAAAUUGCAAAGGAGAUCGCAGAGCAAGCAAAGAAGGAUGAAGAUGCGGAGCAGCCAAUCGACCUUUUCAAACUGCAACCCAAGAAGCCCAACUGGGAUUUAAAGCGAGAUCUGGACGAGAAAAUGAAGGUCUUGAAUGUGAGGACGCAGAAUGCAAUCGCAAAGCUUGUGAAACAACGAAUAGAGGAUGCUCAGCGUACGGCCAAAGCGAAGGGCACAGGUGCCAAUGGGAACAGCCACGGAGAGGAAGUUGGUAUCGAGGGGGAUAUGCUUGUGGAAGGCAUCCAUGUCCGUGAGCAGGAGGAAGACGAGGAUGAACUGGCUUGA